AACUAGUUAAGUUCUGAGAGACCAGAGCAAGUUAGCGCGCCAAAAUGCUGCUUUGGCGAAGCAGAGUAUCAACCGUUAAGUCUCCUUUUUCUCUGGGGACUUUCGUCAAACACCUUCCAGCUUCAAAUCCAAGUCCAAACCCAAGUCCCUCCACAUUCAAAUUCAGCCCCAGUGGAAAACCGCAGUCCAUAUUCACCACUCCAGCCCUGCCCAAAUCCCAUUUCCAGGCCUUAACUCAGAAGCAACAACAACAAGUCCAUCUCUACAUUCACUCCCUCCUCGAAUGGAACCAGAAGAUGAACCUCACUGCUGUUAGAGGGCAAAAUGAGGUAAUGGAAAGGCAUGUGGAGGAUUCACUGGCCAUUUUAGAGCCUAUAAAGACCUCUUAUCUCUCCCGUUGUGGGACUUCUUGCGAAAACCUGAAUCUUAUUGAUGUCGGUAGCGGGGCGGGCCUUCCAGGAAUAAUUCUUGCUAUUGCUUGCCCUGGCUGGAAAGUUACCCUUUUGGAGUCUAUGAAUAAGCGUUGUGUUUUCUUGGAGCAUGCGGUUGGCGUCACCGGUCUGUCAAAUGUGCAAGUUAUAAGAGAAAGAGCUGAGAACCUGGGACACAAUCCUGGGUUCAGAGAGGCGUUUGACGUUGCUGUAGCCAGAGCAGUUGCAGAAAUGAGAGUUUUAGCUGAGUAUUGUCUUCCUCUAGUACGUGUGGGUGGAUUGUUUGUAGCAGCAAAGGGCCAUAACCCUCAGGAGGAAGUCAAAAGUGCAAAGAGAGCUGUUAAUUUGCUGGGUGCUUCAGUAUUGCAAACAUGCAAUGUGGAAUCGAAAAGCAAGUAUGGACCCAGAACUGCAAUCAUUUGUCUAAAAGAUGGCACCACACCCAAAAAAUACCCACGUGAUCCAGGUACCCCAACCAAGUUACCUCUUUAAGUAUGAUUAGUCCUCUUUGUUCUUCUACUUGUACAAUUAAUUUUUUGUCAGUUAGAAUUGAGAUUCAUUGUACAUAUGGGGAGAGCAAAAGGAAAAUACUCUUUGUACUAGUUAUGCAAUUUGUUUUCUAUGUUACUUAUCCCUGAAGGGGGAAAAAAUGAAUUGCUCAGAUGAGUGGACUCUGAUAUAUGUUCUUUUUUUUACCCCAACCUUCCUCUCUCGUCGUGUCCCUUGAUGUACUUUCUUUGCCUAGAUUUGAAGGAAAGAAAAGAUAUAAUAUAUGCUUUAUCCCUUUUCUUGUUUA